ACGCCGGGUUGUCAAACAGUAAAGUUUCUCUGGACCCUCCAUGCAAACUGUCAGCUGAAGACUAACUGGGAAAAUCCUAUGGCUGUGUGAGAAUUGGGGCAGCAGUUAAAAAAUACCAACAACACCAAGGUGAAAUAAAUCUAGUGGUGAAUAUCUGCAGCAACGACUCGAUAAAUCCGCCUUGCAAUCCGAGACAACACAAGGGAAUAAAAACAGAAACGCAGGAGUACAAGUCAAGCUGGAGCAUCAGAGACGAUAGUUGGGACCUGAAAACAUUGCUACGUAUUUGUGAUAACAAAAGACAGCCUGCAACCUGCUGCCCCCGCCUUCAAGGUGCCUUUACCAUGGUGACACUAAAAGAAUCAUACACUUUACAAUAAGCCAGAGGGAAAAACUCCUUGUUACAGUUGCAUUGCCUCACUUUCAGCAUCAUCUUGAUCACUUUGCUCCCACAACGGCGCUAACCCAGUGCAGCCAUGCAUCUAGAAGUGAAGGUCGCCCUCAACUUCAUCGUGUCCUACCUGUACAACAAGCUGCCUCGGCGUCGAGCUGACCUGUUCGGCGAGGAGCUGGAGAGGAUACUGAUGUCUCGUUUUGAGGGUCACUGGUACCCUGAGGCCCCUCUCAGGGGCUCCGCCUUCCGCUGCAUUCACCUGGGAGCACCGAGGGACCCCGUGGUGGAGUUGGCCGCCAAGAGAAGCGGACUGGACACGGAGGAAGUGCGUGCAAAUGUUCCUGCGGAGCUCAGUGUUUGGAUUGACCCUUACGAGGUUUCCUACCAGAUUGGAGAGAAGGGGGCGGUGAAGGUUCUCUACCUGGAGGACCCCCCAGGCCUCGGCUGUGACAGCGAGAGGGCUGAGGGGGUGAUCAGAGAGGGUAAAGGAGAUGCAGAGGCAGAGGAGGCCAAGAGUCUGGGCUUUAACCCAGAAGCUCAGGUGUUUGUCCCAAUAGGAAGCCAGGCAUCUCCCGCCCUCAUGCCUUCGCUCUCCAGCUCUCCCACACCUCUAUCUGCCCAGUCCUGCCCCGGCCUCUUCAGCUACCCCAGCUCCAGCACACCCACUGACCCUGCUGCCCACUCCUCAAACACCUCUACCCCUUCACCUCCUAGCGGCGGGCUGCCCUACCUCUCCACUCAGCAGCCACCCUCCGCACUUCCCACCGCCCGUCCUCAGCCCAUCACCUUCACCACCGCCAGCUUCGCCGCCACUAAAUUCGGCUCGACCAAGAUGAAGAAGUGCAGUGGGGCCGGGUCGGCAGCUAGCUCUGGAGUCGUCAUACCACCUGCCCAGAGGAUGCUCACGCGCUCUCCCACCACCAUCUCAGCUCCAGAGCUGCUCAAGCACAAGCCCCUGUCUCUCUCCUUGCACUCCCUUGGAGGUCCCAUCGCCAGCCAGCUCUCUCCCAACGCCAAAGAGUUUGUCUACCCAGGAUCCCCAGGCCCGCUUUACUUUGAUGCUGACACCCAGCCCAUGCAGCCCCAUGCCAGCCCAUUUCAACCCCCCCACACUGUCAACACCCACCCGUCCUUUGACCCCUUCUCCAGCCCUCCCCCCGCCCAGAGCGUGGGCAUCAUUGGCAGCAACGGAGGAAUCUCCUACAUGGAGAAGCCGCCGUUUGUCGAGGGUUUAGGAAGCUACAACCUGCAAUAUCCUAGCCAGUCCUUCCAGCCUGUUGUGCUGGCCAACUAAGCCUUCAUUUGUAACAAUAAGAAUUGUCAGAGGAGGUGGGUUUUGGACAAUGAUGCUCCAGAUAUUUUCAGUUUUUCUAACAAAUUGUUCUAAUACUAAUACAAGUUAAGAAUUAGUUUUACUACAAAGAUUUAAAAUACCACGUCCACUGAAUAAUUCAUGUGAUUUGUUUUGUUCCUCCAACCCCACCCUGCCCUUUUGUCCGUUGCCGUUACUCAUCACGUUCUGUGUGUUGGCUCUGAUGACAGUAGUGGGUGGGGUGGGGGUGAGUUCCUUUCUACCUUGAGUCGUUGCCAAUCUCUUUAUGUUUAUUACUUAGCAUUGAAUGUUAAUGUGAGGGGCUUUUUUCCCCUUGACUUGUAGUUUAAUGGACCCGGCUCUAGUAUAGCUCUGUUUUUGCACUGCACUGUCAUGCUGUGAAAAAGGACCUCGCCAAGUCCUGCAGGGAACGACGGCUGUGGAAAGCUCAGCACUUUGCUCUGCAAUCUGCUCUGCCCUACUUGCCACAAAUACAGAGAGGGGGGCUCUGCUGUCUCUGUGUGUGUAGUCCUGUUCUGUUUUGUUGUGGCUCAGCGUGAUGGAGAGACUCAUUGUUUGUACGGUGGGCCCCGUUACCCUUGAAACGCACUCGUGCGCGGGCACAAUUUGACUCUGUUGUUGUCACAGGGCGCAUAUUGGAAGCAGUUUAUCGUCAGCUGGAAUACGUACAUGACACGGGUUUAAAUGAAGUGGGAGCAGCGGAGGGAGCAGAAGGGGAGCAUUGGGGUGGUAAGGAAGUGAUGUAGUAGAAUGUAUUGUAUCUGUCAGGGGAAGCUGCAGCUGGAAGGUCAGGGAAACCUUGGGGAAUGUGAAAAGCAAGUCAAUUUUUUUGCAUUUUAAGACAAUAACACUGCACUGAUACCUCAAUUAUACACACUGGGAUGUAAGUUAUGAUCUCAUACAUGAAUUCAAAUGGACGCACACAUGCAGAAACGUGCACAUGCACACAAUUCCAGUCAGCAGUGUGUGAAGGUGAAGAGGCGUAGGGGAUGCAGCAGGGAUUGUGAUAAAUGGCUUAGCAUGACUUUGACUAUGAAGGAGAGGUUUUCCUCUGCAUGGGGAGGAGAGAGGAGAGAUGCGAGAGAGGGGAAGACCAAAGGAAAGGGAGAGCGAAGCAGUUAGAGGAUUGUGUUGCCUUGGUGGCGUCCAGGCUGUAUUGGCUUAGAGAGCGACACUUUAAAACCCAGAACACGUUUCUGGUGAGCUUAAAUGGUAUUGAAGCCAAAGGCUCACACUGUUCUCUCCCUCCUCUUGAAAUUCUUCACUGAUCUUUUCUCUUCUGGCUGUUAACAAAGGAAAACCAGAGUGAUACAGUUCAGGUUGUGUUUUUCCGCAGUUACGUGGACAAAGAUGAAUGUGGUGUGUGGCUUUUGUGGCUUUAUUGGAUAGCGUGUCAGAUCUGUGGAAGUCUCUCGUCCCUAACAAUGGUUUGUUUACCAGCUGGGUCCAUGUGAUUGUUGGUUAGUCACUACAGGGAAGGGUAACUCUCAGAUGUCCGUUUGAGCUGUCCGGCACUUUAUUACUGGGCUCCUGAUGCUGCGUGUCGCCCACAGACACGAGCGAUACGCCAUUCUUUCGCCCUCUGUUUGGUAACAAUUAAUUCAGCUGUCAAGAAAUGCUUUAGAGAUUCAAACAGGAGCUUAAUUUGUAUUCAAAUGCAUCGCGCUGGUGAGGAGAUGCUGUUAGUCCCGUCCGUUUAUUUGAAUGUUUGCAAGUACCCAUAAAUGUCUUUGUAUAAGACGACCCGAGGACCCUUGACUUGUGCUCACGCUGGUUUUUGCAAUGUGACAGCUUGUCAUAUGCAUGCAAGAUUUUAUUUCAUUUUUUUUUUUUUUGUUUCUUUUCAAGGGAACGGGGUGGGGAGGUACACAUCUCUGUAAAUGUUACGAUUGUGAGGGAAAGAUGCAUUUAUAAUUUUCUUGUUUUGUAAUUUAUUUCCAAUAUUUCUAUAUUUUUGUUUUUGCAAAAUGAUCACUUAACAUUUGUAUGAGUAAGACAUGACGAGUCCAGGAAUAUGUAUAUACAAAGUUCUUAUGUUCAGAUUCUUUGUUUAGUUUCUUACAUGCUGAGGUUAUUUUUUCAGAAAAUAACGUGAAUAUAUGCAAACCGAGACAAAAAUAAAAAGAUGUACAGAAUAAAAAGUAUUGAAUGUGUAUUGUACCUUGUACAGCAUUUGUCUAAUAAGACGGGUAAAUGUAUUCAUUCUUCAAGUUGGAGUUGAAGUUCAAGAUGUGAAUGUUUACAGUGGGAUUGUGUAGGAAAAGAUGGCUGAUAUCACUUUUCUCUCUCUGUGCUCCCAGGGCAGUCUGACAACACUACUCCCAUAGGCAGUACAUUUAAACCAAAAAUCUCCACAUUUCAGAUUUAAUUUAGAGUGCAUAGAAUGUCCGUCUCCCCGUUUUAUGUGAAUUCACUGCAUAUUGUGUCAUCGCCCCGCUUAUUUUUGCCCCUGAAAUUGUCCAUCACCCAGUUUUUUCCCCUCUUUGUUUUUUUUUAAAGGAACAGCGCGUAAGAUUUAAGGGGAUUUAGUAGCAUCUACUGGGGAGGAUUGCAACCAGCUGAAACUUUUCCCAGUUAGAAUUUCUUAAGUAUUUGUUGUUCAGGAGGUUUUUAUCAGGAGCCAAAUUAAAACCAGUAAAAACACUGAGCAGUUUCACAUACACAGUCAGUGUUUCUCAGUCGCUGUUUGGCAUCUCGGAGAGGGGCCAUGAGCCCAACACCUGCCAAUGUGGCUCAGUUUUUGUCUCUGAUAACUUACUGUUUGCUCACCUAAUUUCUGAUCCAGACGUUUAGGAGGUUUUUACCAGGAGCAGAAUUAUCCACAGAGGUCUCUUCCUCUCUAAAACAAGCGGACCAGGUGAUUUAAACAGAUCAAAACACUGAAUAAAGCAGUUUCAGGUUACAAAUUAGUGUUUCUCCAAUGCUGUUUGGCAUGUUGGAGACUGGCUGCUAGCCCAGCACCUGCGAAUGUGUGCUCACCUUUUUUCACUGAUAACUUAACAUCCAGAUGUUUAGGAGGUUUUAACCAGAAGCCAAAUUAUACAUAGAGGUCUUUUCCUCUCGAAAACUAAGGGACACAGUGGUUUAAACCAGUAAACACACUGAAUAAAGCAGUUUCACUUUACAGAUCAGUGUUUCUCCAAUGCUGUUUGGCAUGUCACCUUUUUUCUCUGAUAACUUAAGAUCCUGACAUUCAGAGGUUUUUCCUAGGGGCCAAACUAGAUAAGUUUAAACUAAUAAAAACAUCAAGUGAAGCAGUUUAAUGUGAAAGAUAAAAUAAAAUCAGUGUCUUUCCAACGCUUGUGUCGCGAAGUAGCUUCUAACUACAGUGGACGACACAGAUAUGUGAAUGGCCUCAUCUAGAGCCGGUGUUUGAUUUGACCGCUCUGGGUUACUGCAAAACAAAGACCCGCUCCUUAUGUAGAUAUAAAUGGCUCAUUCUAAGCUAACAAAAACAAUUCUUAUUUUCAGGUGAUUAUACACUAAAGCAGUGGUUCCCAACUGGCUCAAGGUCCACACAGUUUAAUACAUUCAGCGUCAUACUUGCGUUUGGCCAUGUCGUCCAGCACUUCAGAUAUGCCAGAAAUCCACUGUAAUUCAGAAUAAAGUUUUUUUUUUUUUUUUUUUUAACAAAUUUGACAAGUUCGUGAGUCACUUGCAGGCCAUUCAGAAUGGACCAACGACCCACCAGUUAGGAGCCACUGUACUAAAGAAAACAUACUUCUGCAAAUAUAUCCCCCUAAAUCCGACACAGUGGACCUUUUAAAUAAUUUCACAUCAACACUAACACUCCUAUAUUCGCCUGUGUGCGACUACAGUACCUGACCCCAGAUUUAUAUGAACAAAAUGUUAUUUUACCUCCCUUGUAUUAUAUAUUCCAUCAGAUGUUACUUUCCUCACCCCAUUUUUUUUUGUCCUCUCCUCCCCAUCAGCCUGGUCCUUUGGUCCUGAUACUAUAGCCAUAUCCCAGACUGUCUUUGCUUGCACAGAUGCUCACCCUUCUCCAGUGCAAUGUAAUGCCAUAAUUUAAAUUACCCUGAAGGAUUUAAGGGGUUUCUACCUCUCUGCACCCGGAAAAAAAAAAUAAUUAUAGUAUAUCUCCUCAAUAGGACGACAGUGUUACGGCAGGUUCAGAAGGGACGAAGGAAAUGAAUGUGCUGUGAAUGUGAUCUGAUGUUCGUCAACCCUGGUUGAGAUGGCCUGCGGAAAAUACAUGAGGCACCUGUUCAUUUGUGUGUCUGUGAGUGUGUAGAGAUUUUUAGUCACGUGCAUGUCCAAAUUGUCCAAGUGACUCCUUUUUUCUUUCCCCACAUCUGUCAGAUUAUUCAGAGCAAACGAGGUGAGUUAUUAAAUUUCUUCUGCAUACAAAUCAAGAUCUCGAGGUGAGAGAUCUGAGGAUGUGAGCAAUUACCGUAAAAGCUGUUUUGCCCUCACAUCUUUUAAGAGUGAAUGCCAGUCUGUGUUUUACACUUGAAAAGAAGGCAUCAGAUAGUGCUUGAAACAUCAACUCUCAACACAGGCUACUCUACAAUCAGGGUUGAACACUGACGAAGAGGAAAAACAAGAAUUUUGUAUUCUGAUGUCCUUUGCUUAUAUCAACGUGUGCGUUUUAUUUUGCACUUUGGAAUAUUUCAUUGUCAUAAAAGAAGUUUAUUUUCUAUGUAAAAUUUAACAUUUAAGAGUCAGAUAGAUAUAAUUAAAAGUUCAGAUGAUGUAUAAAUAUAGUGCUUUCUUUCCUGCCUGUAUUUUAUUAUUUUUUUCCUAUUUUGUAUCUGAUCUGUACACCCUGUAGAUGUGUAAUGAAUCUUUCACUACUGAAAUGCAAUGACCUGUUUUCUGUGCUGCCCCUCGGGAAUGGGGAGUUACUACUGCAGUUUCUUAUUGUAUCAGAUUCUUUUUUAAGUUUGUAAUAAAAAAGAACAGAUUGGCAAAAAA